AUGCAUCGUGACGGUGACAUUUUCCCCCGCCUGCUGAUUGGACAGAGUGGGGUGUGUGACACCACCACACUGUCACACGGAGAGACGCGUCCUCUCACCAUGGAGAUAGAGCCGGUCUCCCCCUGUUCUGGAACCAAACCCAGCCCCAAGCAAAGCCCCAAUCCCAGUCCCAAGCCCAGCCCCAAGCCCAGCACCAAGCCAAGCCCCAAUCCCAGCCCCAAUCCCAGAACCAAGUCCAUCCCCAAGCCCAGCCCCAAGCCCAGCAACAAGCCCAGCACCAAGCCCAGCACAAAGCCAAGCCCCAAUCCCAGCCCCAAGCCCAGCCCCAAUCCCAGCACCAAGCCCAGCACCAAGCCCAGCACCGAGUCCAGCCCCAAGCCCAGCCCCAAGCCCAGCAACAAGCCCAGCACCAAGCCCAGCACCAAGCCCAGCACCAAGCCAAGCCCUAAUCCCAGCCCCAAGCCCAGCCCCAAUCCCAGCACCAAGCCCAGCCCCAAGCCCAGCACCAAGCCCAGCCCCAAGCCCAGCAACAAGCCCAGCACCAAGCCUAGCACCAAGCCAAGCCCCAAUCCCAGCCACAAGCCCAGCCCCAAGCCCAGCACCAAGCCCAGCCCCAAGCCCAGCACCAAGCCCAGCACCAAGCCCAGCCCCAAGCCCAGCCCCAAGCCCAGCACCAAGCCCAGCACCAAGCCCAGCACCAAACCAAGCCCUAGUCCCAGCCCCAAGCCCAGCCCCAAUCCCAGCACCAAGACCAGCCCCAAGCCCAGCACCGAGCCCAGCCCCAAGCCCAGCAACAAGCCCAGCACCAAGCCCAGCACCAAGCCAAGCCCCAAUCCCAGCCCCAAGCCCAGCCCCAAGCCCAGCACCAAGCCCAGCCCCAAGCCCAGCAACAAGCCCAGCCCCAAGCCCAGCAACAAGCCCAGCACCAAGCCUAGCACCAAGCCAAGCCCCAAUCCCAGCCACAAGCCCAGCCCCAAGCCCAGCACCAAGCCCAGCCCCAAGCCCAGCACGAAGCCCAGCACCAAGCCCAGCCCCAAGCCCAGCCCCAAGCCCAGCACCAAGCCCAGCACCAAGCCCAGCACCAAACCAAGCCCUAGUCCCAGCCCCAAGCCCAGCCCCAAUCCCAGCACCAAGCCCAGCCCCAAGCCCAGCAACAAGCCCAGCCCCAAGCCCAGCAACAAGCCCAGCCCCAAGCCCAGCACCAAGCCCAGCACCAAACCCACCCCUAAGCCCAGCACCAAGCCCACCCCUAAGCCCAGCACCAAGCCCACCCCUAAACCCAGCACCAAGCCCAGCACCAAGCCCACCCGUAAGCCCAGCACCAAGCCCAGCACCAAGCCCACCCCUAAGCCCAGCACCAAGCCCACCCCUAAGCCCAGCACCAAGCCCAGCCCCAAGCCCAGCACCAAGCCCAGCACCAAACCCACCCCUAAGCCCAGCACCAAGCCCACCCCUAAGCCCAGCACCAAGCCCACCCCUAAACCCAGCACCAAGCCCAGCACCAAGCCCACCCGUAAGCCCAGCACCAAGCCCAGCACCAAGCCCACCCCUAAGCCCAGCACCAAGCCCACCCCUAAGCCCAGCACCAAGCCCAGCACCAAGUCCAGCACCAAGCCCACCCCUAAGCCCAGCACCAAGCCCAGCACCAAGCCCACCCCUAAGCCCAGCACCAAGCCCAGCACCAAGCCCAGCACCAAGCCCACCCCUAAGCCAAGCACCAAGCCCAGCACCAAGCCCAGCACCAAGCCCACCCCUAAGCCCAGCACCAAGCCCAGCACCAAGCCCACCCCUAAGCCCAGCACCAAGCCCAGCACCAAGCCCACCCCUAAGCCCAGCACCAAGCCCACCCCUAAGCCCAGCACCAAGCCCAGCACCAAGCCCACCCCUAAGCCCAGCACCAAGCCCAGCACCAAGCCUAGUCAGCCUCCUUUGGAAGAUCACCUGAUAAAAGAUCAGAGGCUGACUAGGCUUGGUGCUGGGCUUGGUGCUGGGCUUAGGGGUGGGCUUGGUAAGACCAUGGUGCUUGCCUACGGAGCUGUGAGGGGAACGGCACCGCAGUACCUCCAGGCUCUGAUCAGGCCCUACACCCAAGCAAGGGCACUGCGUUCAUCCACCUCUGGCCUGCUCGCCUCCCUACCAUUGAGGAAGUACAGUUCCCGCUCAGCCCAGUCAAAACUGUUCGCUGGUCUGGCCCCCCAAUGGUGGAACAAACUCCCUCACGACGCCAGGACAGCGGAGUCAAUCACCACCUUCCGGAGACACCUGAAACCCCACCUCUUCAAGGAAUACCUAGGAUAGG